GUUGAAGUUGACAUAUCUUUGAUGUAUGAAUCAGCAAAAACCAUAGGUCACUUUAACAAUAUUGAGAAAAAAUGGAAAUGGUUAAAACGACAGGAAAUAGUGGAAGACAGUGAUAAGAUAUCUAUAGACAGACAUGGUAUACAUGGCUUACAUAUGAUGGCUAUAAUAAAGGUCCUAUUGUCUGAUAACAAAGAAUUUAAAACAUUAAAAAAAGACUUAAUUGAUGAGAGUGAUGAUGAAGAUGAAUUAGCCAUUGCAACACUGUCAAAAGAUGACUUGAGGCAAGCUCCUGACACAUGGCAACAAUUAAUUUAUACAAUGGUGGAGAAACAAUUAGAAACCUACAACACUUCAUAUGAAGAUAAUCAUGAACUGUUAAAAAAGGAUGCAUUCCUCACAUCUAGGAAAAGAUAUUCAUUGCACAUCAGAUAUGGUCAACAAUCAAUAUUAAGAAAUAUAGCUGAAUGUUGUAACAACAAAGCAAACACAAAACAAAACUCUGGAUGCAAGACUUGAAAACUAGACUGUCGUACAUAAUAUUACUCUGUUAUUAUUAAUAAAUAUUGUGUAU